CUUCCAUCUUCGGGGCUUAAUCUAAGCCUUAUUUGUUGUUGCGAUUGCUGAUCGUGCGAACAAAACCACCCAUCUUUGUAACUUAGACGUGGGUAUCAUUUCCAGUACACGACUCUAUCUAGGUUUCCGGAACGCGACAGUACCCUCACUCUAACGAGCGUAAAUUGAGAAUUUGUGACAGCAAUCGGGGUUUAAUCCACCCCAAUUGAGCUUACUGGGCUUAUCAAAAUGGCUUCUUGGAAGGUCAUCCUAGAUCCUACAGAGAAUCGCAUUGAGUACACUCCGUUCCUUAAGAGCCGCAAGUUCUUUGCGGUUGACGACUCCGGAUCAACCGCAGGAUCCAUCCUGAAGCGAGAACGUGCCUUUGUUGAACACCUCUGGAACAACUUUGCGAACCAGGAUAAUUCCAUUUCACUGUGGGGAUCUAAGUGUGACGAGCCGACAAAGAAGUUUGGCUCUGUCAAAUGGAAGUCAGCGCAUAUGGGAACCUACCCGACGGAGAUUCUGAAGAAUGCAAGCGCUUUGGCCACGAUUAAGAAAUCCGAUGCCUGGUUCCUCAUAACAGACGGCGAAAUCUAUGACGGAGCUGUACACCAGCUUGCAGAGAUGGCUCACGGAUCCAACAUACUUAACGUGCCUAUUGUGUUCGUGAUCGCUGGUUCCCGUGGUCGCACUCCGGAUACGACCAAUAUCUCAGUCGGUAUCUCGUUCUUUGCUAGCGCUCAAGAUACACUCAUCUUGUUCAAGGAAACCGAAACUGGGAAGCUGUUUGUUAUAGCUGGGAAGGGUUGUUUUUCUCCAUUGGGAGGAUCCUCAGCCGCACAGGAUCUUACCAGCUGGGGUGAUAUACCAGUCUUUAGUGGCGAAGACGAGUUCUUCAGUCACUGCAAAAAAUUGGAUGUUCAGGUUGUGCGGACCGAAUUCCGAAAGAAUUUGCCCAAGGGAGUGAGCCUGGGGCAAGAUUGGGAGAAGGCCCAUGACGGUGGGCCUGUAAUGGUUGACCUAGAUCUCCUGCCUCAGGCUGGGUUCCUUUCCGAUGACGAUGCUCUCAAUCUCUUUGCCGAAGAAGCAUUCAACAACCUUGCUGUAGCCUACAAGACACGCAAACGUAUCCCUGAGCUAAGAUCCUUUGUUCAAGCCCAGAAGAUUGAGCAAGUAGUACCGAAGCUUGAAGAUGUGUCAGGAGCAGGGGUAAUUAUCUCGCGAAUGGGAGAUCCCGCGACUACUCAAGACGAGAGGAAGGCCUUGCAGGGGCAACUACGGGAGGCCCAUGCCCAGAAUCGUGAACAUUAUCAGAAAGUUAUCACAGAAUUUACCGGGUCUCCGAAAGAGCAAAAUAUCAAGAAGCGCAAUCAGCUGGUUGACGCUGCCCUCCGAUCCUUGGCCUCGAUUGAGGCCGCCAGUUUUUCCGCAGAUAUCUUGUCCCGAAGGAGCAACAGGGCUCGUCGGGCCGAAGUCGUUGCCUCAGACACAAGUGUUGCAAUGGCAAACCUAGAUCUAUCAGGCCCCUCUUUCAGGGGGUUCUGCCUUGUCUGCUGUGGCGAAGACGAAAUUAUGUCCAUUUGCUUGAAGGAGCUUAGUUCUGUUGACGCAGACAGCAACACCACUGAUUUCGCUCUCAACUUUCCCCUGGCAGCAGGUAACACUGCGAAGAAUGUCAACAGCGUCUCCAGUCAAAAUAUAUGCUUCCAGUGUGCACUUCUAGGCCCGUCGGGCAUGUCAAUCUACAAGGAAAAGCUGAAGGCAAUCAUUCCGGCAGUCCAUUAUGAGGGAAGCAACAAGAAGUACAUCAACGAUCAGCUCUACCUUGCAUUGACUGCUGGACUACAGACAGGGGCUGCCGGAGUUGCUCAGCUCUUCAUGGCUGUUCUUGAAGAGAUCUUGAAAACGAAGCCAUGGGCUGGAGCCGGCCUGCAAGACUCGCAAAUGUCAGCGGGUGAACAGCACGAAGCACUGCAGAGGAGGCAAACCUUUCGAUGGAUGCUCGAUCAAGUCGUGCAAAAUACUAGAACCCGUCAAACAUUCACUGAAGUUGGCGAUUGGGUUAAGUUCCCCGAGGCUCUUACUUGGGUAGCGGAAGACUUCAAGAAGAACGGCCUGGCAAGCUUUGUAAUCACCUAUCCGGCAGUGGGGUAUACGAAUCUCUUGUCCCUUGGCCAUCGGACCGGCGCUUUCCCUGUUGAGAUGGUCCGUUUAAUGAGCAUCUCCAAAGCCGUCCACUCCAUUGCAUCAAAGUACCUUGCGGAUUUACAGGCGGCCGGUAGCCAGACGCCAGACCUGCAAGAUGAAUGGAAGCAGAAGUACAUGGAGGUCAUCUACCAGGAAUUUAACUUCACAACAGUUCCCAAGGAUAUUGGGGGCCUGCAGUCUCUCGUCGUGAAUGCCGACACGUUCAUGGGCCGUCUGUCCGCCUGCAUCAGCCUCCCAGAUAAUCCUGAGGGGGCUCCAGGUCCAGACAGACAGGUUAUGAUGCGGAAAAUCCAACUCGUUCUUUUCUGGCUAAUUUACGGGCAAAAGUCGCAUUGCACAGCACAAACCUUCUUCACAAAGAUUAACCACAAAGAACACCUUGCAAGUGCUGUGUUAAACCCAUCCCUGAGUGUUCCGGAGUCAGAACUUCAUGCCACACUCCUGUCCAUUUUCAUCAGGCCGGGGGGAGAACUUAUCAACCCAGAGGCAGCCGCUCUGCACGCUUCAUCUAUCAUUCCUUUUAAAAAUCCAUUCGGAGCUAGUGUCAUAUGCUGCGGCGCCGAUGCUUGCCGCGAAUCCUUCCUUCCUUCUCACGAACAUGGGAAUACCGCAGCUGUGGUGGAGAAGAUCGAAGAAAUCCGCAACAACCGCACCCAGCAUCUAAUCAAAGUCUUCGGCAUCCGAGGCCGCUUCGAAAACGCUUGUACUGGUCUUCCGGAAGUCACAUCCGCCGGCAGUCCACCAAGCUCCACGCAUACAAACCUUCACAUCGCUGUUGUUAGGACAUGGGCGGAGCAGACACCAGAAAAGAAGCGCGGUAUUAUCCACUCUAAGGAAGACUGCGAGGGAUUUGUAAAGGCAGUUCGCAAGCGCAUAUGCGACCAGCGGAGGGGCGACAUCUUCAAUGGGACGAUUGACGACGAUGUUCGUGCAGUGUUGCCAAGUUUCUUCAAUGUUUUGGGGGAGGCGUUGAGGUUGGAGGGGAAGGGCAAUGAGGAUAUUUCGCUUUACAAACAUGACUUUGACCAAAAUAAGCUGGAUUGGAAGAUCGGCUAUGAGCUGAGGGCAUCUGGGUUGGCAAGAGCCUGAGUAGGGGUCGAAAAGAUUGCGAAGGUGGGAUUGGAUGAACGGGGGCGUUAGCUUACUUUUGCAUACAGUUAUUUUCCCUUUAUUUUGGAGGUGG